GUCACAAGAGCGCAGCAGAAGAAGAGAACGCGCGGGCCCCGCCCUUUGACUCACCUCGCUCGUUAGAUGUGUUGUUGUUUUUUGUAUUACUGGUUUUGUUUAUGACGCGGCUCACUGGCUCCGUUAGCUUUGACAGCUGACCAAAGAGUAUGCUGUUGUAAAAAAAACAAAAAAAACAAAAGAAAAACCCCCAAAAAAGGGCUCGUCGCUGUCUUAUGAAUGGAGGACACUGUGCCGAUAAGACAGUAAGAACGCUUAGCUUAGCAGACACCCCCCUGUAUGGAGUGACGUCUGACAGGAGAGCGGCGGACGGACGGACAGACAGACACCGAGCCGUCCACACUUACAACAUAGAUUUAGAAAAGCCAGUUUACAGAGGCACGAGUGCAUGUGUGGGGCACGUGCACGCGCAGGUUAGGCUUUUCAGACAGCUGCCUCGCGACUGGAAUUGACUUUUAAGCUCGCGAGCUCGUCCCAUGUUAGCAUGGCGUCAGACACGAGUGACACCGAGGAAUUCUAUGAUGCUCCCGAGGACGUCCACUUGACUCCUUCUCCCAAAGUGUCACCUACAAAGUUCGCCAUUCCUUCACCUGGGUUUUCACAGAGAUCAGUAAACGCUGCGCAAGAUGUGAGCGGCGGAGUCGCUGCAUCUGAGACUCAGCAAGAUGAUUCCCUACAGAUCAUUGAUAGCAUCAUUGAGGAGAGUCAAAAGGGAGGUGUAGGUGAUGUUGGUGAGGUGGCUCAACUGUUGGAUCAGCUUCAAAUUGAUGCAAGAGCAGAACCGGAGCCAACGGAAGAGAACAAUGCUCAGGAAGUUCCUGAGGAGGUAGCAGCGCCAGCUGUCGAACCUCAACUUGACGAGAGGCCAGGGGGCCGACAGGGAAGUGCAGCAACAAACGGAGCGUGCUCUUUACCUGCGCCCGCUGAUCUCCCAGGGCCAUCAGUGGGGUCACAAGAGGGUGUUCAGCCCCCGGACAUCACCAGCACCGUAGGACUCAGUCGGCUGGAGGGGGCUGUUGUAGUUGCAGAAGGGGAGCAGGAGCAGAGACCUGCAGAUAUCUUAGACCAGGUCCCGUUCACAGACAGGGCGGCUGACUCGGACUCCUCUGGGCCUACGAAACCGCCGCGGCAGUUAACAGUGGAACCGGACAUUGUAGCAAGCACCAAGAAGCCUCCUCCCUCACGCCCACCCCCUCCCAGCGGAGGUCCUCCACCAAGACCGCCUCCACCGUCUUGGCAGGGUCUACCUUCCAAGAAGUCUCAGGAGUGUCUAAGGCCACUUGGACUGGAAGUGUCUGCAGAUGCUCUGGAGCCCUCAGGCCUGGUGUCUCCCAGCAGCACAGUGAGGAGUCUAACCAAAGAGCUGCAGCAUUCCUUGGAUCUGGCCAGUGCUACCAGUGGGGAAAAAGUAGUGACAGCACAGGAAAAUGAGGAUGACCAGGCCUCAUCUCAGAGUGGAGGACAAACUCCAGGCCCCCAGCGUCCACGUUCCAACUCUGGUAGAGAACUGACAGAUGAAGAAAUUCUGGCUAGUGUGAUGAUCAAGAAUUUGGACACUGGGGAAGAGAUCCCUUUAAUUCAGGCAGAAGAGAAACUUCCUGCAGGGAUUAACCCGCUCACUCUGCACAUCAUGAGGAGGACCAAGGAGUACAUCACGAAUGAUGCAGCACAGUCAGAUGACGAUGACAAGGCGCAGGCUCCACUGGCAGACACAGAUGGAGGAAAACUAAAACAGAAAACAACACAGUUUAAAAAGUUUCUGGGCAAGUCCGUUAAGAAGGCCAAGCACCUGGCUGAGGAAUACGGAGAGAAGGCAGUCAACAAAGUGAAAAGCGUGCGUGAUGAAGUGUUCCAUACAGAUCAGGACGAUCCGUCGUCAAGUGACGAUGAGGGCAUGCCUUACACCAGGCCCGCCAAGUUCAAGGCAGCACACAGCUUCAAGGGUCCCUUUGACUUUGAUCAGAUUAAAGUUGUGCAAGACCUGAGUGGAGAGCACAUGGGGGCCGUUUGGACGAUGAAGUUCUCUCACUGCGGGAGGCUGCUGGCCACCGCGGGCCAAGAUAACGUGGUUCGCAUCUGGGUCUUGAAGAUUGCUUUUGACUACUUCAAUAACAUGAGAUUAAAGUACAACACUGAUGGUCGAGUUUCACCGUCUCCUUCUCAGGAAAGUCUAUGCUCCUCUAAAUCUGACGAUCACGGGGCAAGUUGUGCUCCAGAGGACCCAGACACAGACGGGAAUGCCCCGUUCCGUCAAAUCCCCUUCUGCAAGUAUAAAGGUCACACGGCUGAUCUAUUGGACUUAUCCUGGUCAAAGAACUUCUUCCUCCUCUCCUCUUCCAUGGAUAAAACAGUCAGAUUGUGGCACAUAUCCAGGAGAGAGUGUCUCUGCUGCUUUCAGCAUAUUGAUUUUGUCACAGCCAUUGCUUUCCAUCCCAGAGAUGACAGAUACUUUUUGAGUGGCUCUCUGGAUGGAAAGCUACGGCUCUGGAACAUUCCUGACAAGAAGGUGGCGUUGUGGAACGAGGUGGACGGCCAGACGCGCCUCAUCACGGCCGCUAACUUCUGCCAGAAUGGGAAGUACGCCGUCAUUGGCACCUACGACGGCCGAUGCAUCUUCUAUGACACAGAGCGUCUGAAAUACCACACUCAAAUCCACGUGAGGUCCACCAGAGGCAGGAACAAAGUUGGACGAAAAAUCACUGGCAUUGAACCUUUACCUGGAGAGAAUAAGAUUUUGGUGACCUCAAAUGAUUCCCGCAUUCGCCUUUAUGACCUGAGGGACUUGUCUUUAUCCAUGAAAUACAAAGGUUACGUCAACAGCAGCAGCCAGAUCAAGGCGAGCUUCAGUCAUGACUACUCAUUCAUCGUCAGUGGCUCGGAGGAUAAGUAUGUGUACAUCUGGAGCACUUACCACGACCUGAGCAAAUUCACCUCCGUACGACGGGACCGCAAUGACUUCUGGGAAGGAAUUAAAGCACACAAUGCAGUCGUCACCUCAGCAAUUUUUGCACCGCACCCAGGCCUUAUUGUUCCGCAAGAAGCUGGAGCAGACAAACCAGAAGCAGAGUGCAAGAGCCUGGACUCCACAGACUCUGAAACGAUACCCUCAGGAGCCCUGAAGACGGAUCACACCGAGGUUCUACUCUCUGCUGACUUCACCGGAGCCAUCAAGGUUUUCAUCAACGUAAAAAAGUACUGAGCACUUCUGAGGUUGUCAGCUCCCCACACUCAGGCCUGUCCGUCAGAGAUCAGUCCUAAAGAUGAAGGACAGCCCGUGACCCGACUACCUAACGGUUAUUGCUCUGAGACAAAGAGCCUUCUGUAGCUUUUUUUUCGGGAGAACAGGGACCCUAAAGUGGAAGAGGAGCUAAUGAGUGGAAGAUAUUGACUGUAUGAUACAGACAGGGUGUGAUUCCCUGUCACAUUUCAAUUUUUUUAUCUUUAAUACCAAGCAACUGUGAAUGGUUUGGCAUUAAGAAAACAAAAAAAAAGCCAGAAAUGCCAAGUGUGUGUGGUCUGUUCAGGUAUGUGUUCAUUUACAGCUGCGUGGUCAAGAUAGCUGCAAGGCUAUUUGUAGUAGAAUGGGCACCUUACUAAUUUCUUUUGCUUUCACAUAAAUUAUAUGCGAGACACUGUCCUAAUGUCAGUCUCAAAUUUUACAUGUGUCUUAUGUAAAGAGAUGUAACCAUUUUCUUGAAAGCAAGGUGGUUUGAAAUGAUUUGUGCCUAUGAAAUCUACUUUGCUUUUUCUAAAUUGAACUUCUCAAGCCUUCCUAUUAAAAUAUAUUAAGCAUUUUAGCAGAUGACCGCAAAUCUACGCUACAGGAAAUCUGAAUGCGGUUAUUAAUGGU